UUUCCCUGCUGACUGUGCAGGGAACUCUUAUCAGGACUCUAGCCAAGUCUACUUUGACCUUUUAAUCUCUCUUCAUUUCUAUUCUCUGUUUGCCCGUGUGCCUUGUGGUACUUUCUUGUGAUCCCUGCUUGGCUGUUACUUUACUUGAAGUUUUCUGGAAAUCCCUGGACAGUGACAAUGGCUUUUUCCAGCACUUUGAACCAUGAAGAAUUGACCUUCCCAGAAGGAUUUUGCUGGGGAGCAGCCACAGCAGCGUAUCAAAUAGAAGGAGGCUGGGAUGCAGAUGGAAAAGGCCCUAAUGUCUGGGACACAUUCACCCAUCAGGGAGGAGAUCGAGUUUUCAGGAACCAGACUGCUGAUGUAGCUUGUGGCAGCUAUGCUCGGUGGGAGGAAGAUCUGAAAUGUAUCAAACAGCUUGGAUUGACUCAUUAUCGCUUUUCUCUUUCCUGGUCACGUCUGUUACCUGAUGGGACGACAGGUUUCAUCAACCAGAAAGGAAUUGAUUAUUACAACAAGAUGAUAGAUGACCUGUUAGCUAAUGGUGUUAUACCCAUGGUAACUCUGUACCACUUUGAUUUGCCCCAACAUUUAGAAGAUCAAGGAGGCUGGAAAACUGGGGCAAUCGUUGAAGUUUUUGAUGCAUAUGCCCAGUUUUGUUUUGGCACUUUUGGAGAUCGGGUCAAACUGUGGAUAACCAUAAAUGAACCUAAUGUCCUUGCUUUUUUUGCUUAUGAAAAAGGUAAAUUUCCUCCAGGUAUCCCUAACCCUGGAACUGGAGCUUAUCAGACAGCUCAUAAUAUGAUCAAAGCUCAUGCCAAAGCCUGGCACAGUUAUGAUUCUUUGUUCAGGAAAAAGCAGAAUGGUCAGGUGUCCCUAGCAAUUUUCAGUCCCUGGGUAGCACCAGCUGAUCCUGCAUCUGUAACAGACCAGGAAGCUGCAAAAAGGGCCAUGGCCUUGGCCCUAGAUUUAUUUGCAAAACCCAUAUUUAUUGAUGGUGAUUAUCCUGCUGUCCUGAAGUCCCAGGUUGCUGCCAUGAGUAAAAAGCAAGGUUUUCUAUCGUCAAGACUCCCUGAGUUCACAGAAGAAGAAAAGAGAAUGAUCAAAGGUUCUGCUGACUUUUUUGCUGUACAGUAUUACACAACUCGCUUAGCAAAGCACCACGAGAAUUCAGAAGGAGAACUGAAUUGUCUCAAGGAUAUAAAUGUUGAGAUAUUUCCUGAUCCAUCCUGGCAAGUUUCACAACAGGGCUCUUGGAUCCAUGUGGUGCCAUGGGGUAUUCGGGAACUACUGAAAUACAUUAAGGAUACGUAUAAUAACCCUGUAAUUUACAUCACGGAGAAUGGGUUUCCCCAGGGUGACCCUGCUCCACUUGAUGACACUCAACGCUGGGAGUAUUUCAGACAGAUGAUACAGGAACUGUACAAAGCUAUCCAUCUUGAUGAAGUCAAUCUUCAAGGAUACUAUGUCUGGUCUCUUCUGGAUAACUUUGAAUGGACUGACGGCUAUAGUUUUAGAUUUGGCCUCUACUAUGUUGAUUUUGACAAUCCAGCUCUACCCCGUUUUCCUUACAAAUCAGCAAUGGAAUAUGCCAAGGUUAUCCAGAAUAAUGGAAUCAAAGGACCCCUGUAGAAAUCGUGACCUGGAAAAUUCAAGCUUGGAGAAAGUCCUUCACCACUACAUAAAAAAUAUUCUUGAAAGUGCCUAUAGAGCAGAGUUUAUAAUCAAAUCACAUUAUUGAUUGUAUACUAAAGCAUAUUCAAAAUUAUGAAAGUCUAUAAGAAUGCAGGGGGGUUUCUUCACUGGAAGUUCCAUAUACUAAUCAUAGUUCUAAUAGAAAUAUUGAAUGAUUACUUUAAAUGACAUUAUUAAUUGCAUGUUAAUUCUUAUUCUAACUCUAUGUCCAUCAGGAUAUGAAAUGUUUGUUUUUUCUUUAAAUGUUUGAAAGAUUAUAGACUUUUAUAUGUAGAAGUGAUUUUAGAGAUCAUUUGACUUCAUUCCCUCAUUUUAUUAAUUUAACCUCAUUUCCUAAUUUUCUCAUCAUUCAAGAUAUUACAGAAUUUUUCAGGCAUAAUAGACAUUAGAGAACAUUUAAUUUCUCUCCCAUAUUUUACCCCACAGUUUUUCUUUUUGUUAUUGUUAUACAUGAUACUCCAUAAUUUUACAUUUAGGAGGAUCUUAGAAUUUAACCCCAUCCCCUCCUUUACUGAAGAAAAUGAGAUUCAGAGAGCUGAAGCAAUUUCCUUAGGUAGAUCUAGGACCUUCACCCAAGCUUCAUGAUUCCUGGGCUGUUUUCACUAUAUAAGUUAUUUCCAACGUGUGGCCACAAAGUAUAAACAAAGAGACUGUGAGUCCACAUGUAAUUCCAUAAACAGCUUCUGUAAAGUGAAUAAAUUACACAGGCAUCUCAUUUUCCAAAUGUAAGGAGUUUCUAUUGGGAUGGAUAUGAAUUGACUUAAAGCUCUACUGGAUUUUGAGGCUUUUGUUAUCAUCUGUUUUCUCAGUCAAUGAGUACCCUCAUAUAUGGAACUGGAUGUGAGGUAUAUGAAAGGGGUCAGCAUCCUUGAAUGAGUUGGGAAGCAUUAUCCCAUUCUAAGAAAGCAAAGUCCUUUGUUGUUGUUGGAAGAACAGAACAGAAAAGGACUCAUCAAAUUAAGGAAUUAAAAAAAUUCCCAGAGUAUAAAAGCCUAAACUGAAAUUCUCUAUCACUUACAAAAGGAAAAAAAAAUAAUAUAGAAAUAGUGGCUAUAGGGAUAGAGAUAUAUUUAAAGUGUGAUUAUUCACAAACCGAGUCCUACUGAUGGGGAAGGGAUACUGGCUUAGUUCCUCUACAGCUGUAGCCUCUUUACCAACUCUCUGGCUAUUGGGACUACUCUGAAAGGAUGUGUUUUCAUCCUUGAUCUUGAUAUCAUUUAAAUCAAAACUGUGAACAGAUCACAUUAUCAUUACACAUACUUAUCCUAUUUAAUGGAAGAUUUUGUGAAAAAAAUUUGAGCGCUUUCCCACAUGAUUCACUGAUGCUUGAAAAAAAAGUAAUCCUUUCUGUAACCAACCACAUUUUGAGGAAAUUAAAUCUUUCUCCCUUUCUCAUAUAUACAUUGCCUAAGGAUAUUCAUUAUAUAAGAUAUUAUUAGAUAUCAAUAGAGCUUCUAACUAGCAUAAUAAUAGAACUGUUGAUAUUUUUCCAACUAUGGCAAAAUCAGUUAAGUUGUAGUGAUGGGUGAAUACCUUGUACCAUGAUCUGAUUUAGCCCAUUGCUCUUCCUGGGUCUGUCUGGAAGUUGGACUACUCUUUUGUCUGCACUACCCAGGAGCAUCUUGGAUAUCCUUGGAUCCUUACGUGCUUCCCUUUUCCCUCAUGGGUCAUGGCUAGGGAACCACCUCUCUAAUUGCUGUUUGUUCCAGUAUUCCUCAAAAGCUGGCCCUCCCUCCUAUGAAAGGGAAUUCUUUAAAUUCCCUUUGUCUCUUUUAAGUUAAUCAAUCAAGAACUUGGAGUACCCCUACUUAACAGUUAGUAAGUCACUAAUAAAGAAAAUUCACACCUUCAAAGAUCACAAGCACUGCCCUCCCAACCCAGGCAAAUUGAAAGACUGUGAUUGACUCCUGAGAGGAGGAGCGCUGAUGGAUGGAGGACACUGCAUGUAAGCAGGAGCCUGAGAGAGAUGAAUUCAUUCUGGGUCUUCAUUCCUGGCUGCUUUUAGCCUCGGGAAUUUGAACUUGGGUGAUUCUUGGAGAUCUUGGACUUGUGUGUGCUGAAGGUUCUCAGCAAUUUUCAGCGUCUUUUGGCUCUUUGGAUUUCAGCUUCCUGAUCCAGACUUUGGAUUCUGGUGAAGAUUUGGCUUCCUGCAUUGGAGACUCAGGCUGAAGAGGGACUCUGCAGCUCUGGCUCUUUGGCACUAGGAUAACUACGGUUUUUGGUUGUUGGAAUGAUUGACUGGAGACACUCUUUUGCAUUUGUGGUCUGGAGGCGCUAGGAUUAGGAUUUAGGAUAUUUUUAGCUAGGUUAUAUUUUCUACCUCCUUCCUAUAUUUCCCACUUUAAUAUUUGUACCUUGCUGUAAAUAAAGCUACUAAACAGCCUACUGACUCAUAGUUUAAUUUUAAUUUUUAUAAACAGCGACCCCAUUUUUAACUAUUAUAUCCCCAUUCUAAGUCUUCACUUGGUCUUAAGGCAAGCAUCUCUCCAGUAGAUCCUGUGCUCAUCUGUUCCUUAUCUUGGAACUUAGACUUUCUCUUUUCUGGAUGGAUACUGAAGUGGGAGGGUGCAUACCUUCCUGGGUUGCCAUCCCAAGGCAAAAUUCUCAUUGUUAUAUAUAACUACUCUAGUUAUAACAACAACAACAAACAUUUAGUAAAUGCUUUCAAUAAGCUGUAACUACAAAGAAAGACAAAAGUUGUCUCUUGUUGAAAGAUCUCAUGACCAUGCACACCAGCAUUGGCUGUUGGUGAAGAGAAAGCACAUGUGCAGAGCCAGAACUGCUUUAUUUCCCCUCUUUCUAGCCCCCAAGACAUUUUUUGCAUGCUCCACCCCUCUCUCCAGAAGCCUAAAGCAAGCACUUUCUCCCUCAACUCUCUCCAGUAAUUUGGGGGUGGGGUGGGGUCACAAAAAGCUUGAAUUUGCCCUCUGAUCACUCGAAAAGGUUGGACAACGAGUUGGACUAGACAGUUGCCCCUCCCCCCCCAAUUUUCAGAGAGGGGAAUAUAAUCAGUUGACAUGAAACCUGCCCUUGAGAAGCUUACAGUUUAAGAUAGAUGGCAAAGUUACACAAGGAGCUAGGGAGCACAUGUAUUAAAGAUUAUUCAAUUCAUCCCUCCAACCCCCAUUUUACAGAGAAGGAAGUUGGAGCAGAGAAAUUUGUAGUGACUUGCAAAAAGUUGAACAGCUAAAUUAAAUUUUGUCUGUUGUUCUGCUCAGCCUCACUUCUCUCUAUUUUGUCUUUCUACCCUUCACAUGCAGUAAACAAACAAACAAACAAACAAAAAAACCUCUUUGAGCAUUAGCUUGUACCACACAGAAACAGUAAAGACCCUUGAGCUAGAGACAAAAACCUUAGCUUUAUGUACUGUUGCUAUUGCAUGCUAAUUGUGUGGCUAUGGGCAAGCCAUUUCCCCCUCUUUAGGUCUCAGUUUCCUCAUUUAUAAAGUGGGGAUAACAAUACUUCCUACCUCUCAAAGGUAUUAUAAGGAAAAAAAAAACCUUUGUAAACCUUGAGGAUGUAGAAAUAAAUUAUUAUUUUUACUCUU